CAAAAACAUAGUUGAACUGCAGGAAACCAGGGCAUCAUCUCUUUCAUCCCUGAUCCUGCUUUCCUCCGGUCACACUGCUGACUCCUCCCCACAACUCUGGAUGCAGCCACACACACCCACACACACCCACACCCUCAUACAAUUUCCAAGCAUCCUGGCAGUCUGGGCACAAAGGGUCGCGACACACUGAGAGGCACAAGCUGUUGCGGUUAAUCAGAGACAGCGCUUACACUGAGAAGACUAAGGAAGAGGAGGAAGGCAGGGUGGUUUUUGCACUGCACAGGUCAGCUGCAGGUCCUCAGCUCCAGAGAGCUUGUGUAUGAUGCGUUUGGCUGACAAACAGAAUUCAUCUGAGGAAGAAAUGAGCUUUGGGGCAGCGUGUAUUUUCUUGCGGGGAGGGAAAAACAUUACAAGAGAGCUGGCUGAUGAUGAGAUUGAUGAGCUGCGUGAUGCAUUCAAUGAGUUUGAUAAAGACAAGGACGGACUGAUCAGCUGUAAGGACUUGGGCAACCUGAUGAGGACAAUGGGUUAUAUGCCCACUGAGAUGGAGCUGAUCGAGCUGAGCCAAAAUAUCAACAUGAACCUCGGUGGCAGAGUCGACUUUGACGACUUUGUGGAGUUGAUGGCCCCGAAACUGCUGGCAGAGACGUCUGGAAUGAUCGGUAUGAAGGAGCUGAAAGAUGCCUUCAAAGAGUUUGACAUGGAUGGAGAUGGAGAGAUCACAACGGAGGAGCUGCGAUCAGCCAUGAUAAAGCUGAUGGGAGAGCACAUGAGCCGGAGGGAAAUCGAUGCCAUAGUGAAAGAGGCCGAUGACAACGGGGAUGGCACAGUAGAUUUUGAAGAAUUUGUCAGAAUGAUGUCCCAUCAAUGACAGUCCAGGACAAGGCCAGUCAGGAACAUUCAUUUGCACCUCUGCAAACACGCACUAACACUGAUGCUGUUCUUUUCUGGGCUUGCAAAAACAACACAAACACAAGAAAUGUUAAAAUUACAUGCUGGAAACAAGCAAUAUCAGACUGAUCUCAGAGCGGAUUUUAUAGCUAUGCAAAUAAUAACAAUUUGUAAUGAUUUUUCAAAUGUAAGAGUGCUAAAAUCAAAAAACUCUGUUGUUAUGUUUCAUCAUAUAUACCAGGGAUGUCAAACUCAUUUAGUUGAUCCUUAGUGAGCAGUGGAAAGAAGUCUAAGUAUAUAUUUAAUCACUGAAAUAUCUUAAUAUAAGAAAAAGAAGUGCAAGUGUGUCUCAGUUUUUCCACAUGAUAAAGUAAUGCUGCUGUGGUAAAUGAAAGAAACCUUUCAGCGUGACUCUCUGGGCAAGAUUGUGAGAAAUAACUGUGUAAGUUUACAGAAAAAAUCAGAAAGUUCUUGUUACUUCACAGAUAGUGUCCUUUUUUGUGGACUUAUUGUAAAAAAAUGAAACUUCUUUAGUCAAUAGUGAAAAAAAUUGAAAUUUUCUGUGUUUAAUUGUUUCUCUAUUACUUAAUUACUUUGGUGUAGAAUGAAUGGGCACGAGGAAAGUCUUCAUCAGCAGGAAAAAACUCCAAAACUUGUUACAAUACAUUGAAAAGUCCAAAAGUGUAUGCAUAUCUUCCAAAGGCAUCUUGUGGACCAGAUUGUAGUCUUUGCCAGGCCCACUCUGGCCCCUGGGCCUCAUGUUUGACAACCCUGAUAUAUACUGUAUACAGUGGAAGUUUGUUGAAUUGGAAUUGUUUUUAUAUUUGUAUUGUUAUUGAAUUAUUCUUAUCAUUUAAACAAUGUUACAACAAAGCAGGAUGUAAAGUUAAGCUACUACUGUACUGUACAUUAUUAACCUGAGCUGGUUGUAUUAGGUAAUCUGUAACUAACUUCCAACAAGUGAAGCAGUAACAUGGAUCUGCCUUUCUUUGGCAAAGCACAAAAUAAAACAUCUGAU